UUUCCACCAUCUUUACUUGGCUCUGUGAGACAGCACGGCUUUAGCAGAAACACAACGGUGCAGUAGAGAUGGUCUGUAACUUGUUCCUGUCCUGGACUCUUCUCCUGCUUUCAAUCGGCCCACUUCUGGCACAUCCUGUCUCAGAGACAGCAGACAUGUCUUACCCUGGACCUGACUCAGCUGAGGAGGCAGGAGCAGUUGGUCCCGAGGACCUGGAUUUGAGCACUCUUCUCCAGAGGACGGCAGGCCUCAGCUACUUCCCGCUGCACUCCAGAGACGGUAUCAGAGUGUCAGGACUGCUCCCUAAAGAAGCUCUAAAAGAGGUUCUGCUGGAGAAACCAGGCCAUCUAAGCUCUCUCAGUCACAUACUUGGUAUUAAGAGGCCAUACAGAAAGAGGGGCAAUGGAGCUGACUGCUUCUGGAAGUACUGUGUUUAAUACUGGCACGGGAAAUCGCAUGCAUGUCUGAGAGAAUGGGUUUGUUUUCAGAUAUCAACAUAAAUACAGUACAGAUAAACACACACAGAUACAGUACAGAUAAACACCCAUAAAAGACAUUAAUGUUCACAGCAUAUUUAUUGACACAUAGCAUAAUGAGAUAAAAGUGAAAUUACUUAACCACAUGUAUUGGGGUCGUUUAUAUUUUUGCACACCAGUAUUUCUGUGUUGUUCUGUGAAAGUUUUCAAAUGUUGCUUGAUAUUGAUAUGUGACAUUGGAUCAUUUCCCUUUUCAGUGAAUGCUGUAAUAUAUACAUGUUGACCACUAAUAAACUGUUAUAUUUAA